UGGGGGCGGGGGCCGGCCGCCAUGGAGGGGGUGCUGUACAAGUGGACCAACUACCUGAGUGGCUGGCAGCCCCGAUGGUUUCUUCUCUGUGGUGGCAUCCUCUCCUAUUAUGACUCUCAGGAAGAUGCCUGGAAGGGUUGUAAGGGAAGCAUCCAAAUGGCCGUGUGUGAAAUUCAAGUUCAUCCUGCAGAUAACACACGAAUGGACCUGAUCAUCCCAGGGGAACAAUACUUCUAUCUGAAGGCAAGAAAUGCAGUUGAAAGGCAAAAGUGGCUCGUUGCACUAGGAACUGCCAAAGCCUGUCUGACUGACAGCAGGACACAGAAGGAAAAAGAGUUCACUGAAAACACAGAAGCCUUGAAGACCAAAAUGUCUGAACUUAGACUGUACUGUAACCUCCUAGUUCAGCAAGUGCAUAAAACGAAGGAAGCCAGCAUUUCUGGUGUGUCAGAACAAGAGAGUGAGAUUGAUAUGGGAGCUCUGUUAAAAUCAACCUGUGACACCUUCCUGAAGACUCUUGAAGAAUGUAUGCAGAUUGCAAAUACUGCCUUCACUUCUGAGUUACUGCAUCAGACCCCACCUGGAUCCCCACAUUUAGCAGUUCUCAGAACGAACAAGAUAAAGCACGCUGUUUUGUCUGGUCAUACCCCAACGGAAAGGCAGAUGGAAUUGAACCCCUGUGAAAAUGGCUCUGUAAAAGUAGAAAUUAACCAUCAAGAGCAAACAACCCUUCUUAAAAGUCUGGAAUGUUUAAACCUGGAAACAAAUGAAGGGAGCAGUGAUGUUUCUACUGACAAUCACAUAGCAGAAGAUUUGGCAGGCAUUAAAGAAGAUGGAAAGAGCAAGCUGCAAGCUGUAGAAAGCUCUGGUGCCCACAAGUUGCUGCAGUUGGAAAUGAAUUCUUUAGGUGGAUUGACUCUGUGUGAGGAAGACAGAAAUGAAAACGAUUCUCCUACCUUCUUCAGUGUCAUGAGCAAUAGGUUCAGUGAUAUUGAACUUCGGGAAGAGGAGGGCAUUCCAACAGAAGAGUUUCUGGAGUCAUGUUAUGCAAUUGUGCCUGUUCUUGACAAGUUGGGACCAACUGUUUUUGCUCCUGUUAAAAUGGAUUUUGUAGGUAACAUCAAGAAAAUAAACCAGAAAUUUAUAACCAACAAAGAAGAGUUUGAUACCCUUCAGAAGAUAGUGCUCCAUGAAGUGAAUGCGGGUGUAGCACAAGUUAGAAACUCUGCUACGGAGGCUCUCCUGUGGCUGAAAAGAGGCUUAAAGUUCUUGAAAGGGUUUUUGACAGAAGUGAAGAAUGGGGAAAAGAAUAUCCAAACAGCGCUGAACAAUGCUUAUGGAAAGACAUUACGGCAGCACCAUGGUUGGGUUGUCCGCGGGGUCUUUGCAUUAGCUUUAAGGGCAGCUCCAACGUACGAAGACUUUGUGGCAGCUCUCUCUGUAGAGGAGUGUGAUCCUCAGGAAGAAACAUUUUACAAAGGAAUGCAGAGGGACCUCAAUAUUUACUUACCAGCCAUGGAAAAGCAGCUAAAUAUCUUGGACACUCUCUAUGAAGUACAUGGUUUGGAGUCAGAUGAGGUAGUAUGA